AGGGGCUCCCUGCGAGCUCGGCGCUGAGCUGCCAGGCGACAUCCUUCCUGGUCAUCCUUGCCCCGCAGCCAUCCUAGUCCAGCGAGCCCCUCCUCCGCUGGCCAGGACGACUCCAAACUCGCGCCCGACCCUGGCCCUGCAGCUUCAGCCCCUGAUUUCGGACCCUCAGACCCAGGUUCGGGGCUGAGCCGCGUGCGCCCCUGGGCUCCGAGCCCACAGCCUUCACCUCCCCGGGGCGCGGGGCGCAGUCGGGGCUGAGCUGCUGCCCCCCAGACACGGUGCUGCCACCUUCCCCGGCCCCAUCUCCGCCGAUCAUCCUCACCCAGGACCCCACACCUAGCCCGGCUCUCGCCUCCCGCGCUCCCGCUGGAAGGAUGGGCGCCUGCAAUCUGAGUGCACCCGGGCUCCUGCUGCUCCUGGGGCUGCAGCUGCUGCUGCUCCCCGGGCCUGGCCCGGCCUGUGCGCAGGACGACGACGAGGGGGACUACGAUCUCCUAGCGCUCGCCUUCCCCUCCGAGGAGGACAAUCAGACCGACUUUGUCAAGCAGGUGGCGUCAGCAGUGUUCUACCGCAGCAACAAGCAUGCCUGGCGGCAUCCCGGCAACUAUCUGGUGGUGCUGAAAGAGGAGACGCACAAAUCACAGACAGAGCGCACCAUCCGCCGUCUCCAAGCUCGGGCUGCCAAGCACGGCUACCUCACCAAGAUCCUCCAUGUCUUCCAUGACCUCUUUCCUGGCUUCCUGGUGAAGAUGAGCAGCGAUGUGCUGGAUGUGGCACUGAGGUUACCCCACGUCGACCACAUCGAAGAAGACGCCUUUGUCUUCGCCCAGAGCAUUCCCUGGAACCUGGACAGGAUUGUCCUGGCACCGUCCAGAUCAGAGGAGUACAGUCCGCCCAAUAAAGGUGACCAGGUGGAAGUCUACCUGCUGGAUACCAGCAUCCAGAGUGGACAUCGGGAGAUUGAGGGGAAGGUCACUGUCACUGACUUUGAGAAUGUCCCAGAGGAGGAUGGCACUCGCUUCCACAGACAGGCCAGUAAAUGUGAUAGUCAUGGAACCCACAUGGCUGGAGUGGUGAGUGGCAGGGAUGCUGGUGUUGCCAAAGGAGCCAGCCUUCGGAGUCUCCGGGUGCUGAACUGCCAAGGCAAGGGAACAGUCAGUGGCACGCUCAUUGGCCUGGAGUUCAUCCGCAUGACCCAGCUAGCCCAGCCCUACAGUCCCCUGGUUGUCCUGCUUCCCUUUGUGGGGGGCUACAGCCACACCCUGAACGCUGCCUGUCGGCUCAUGGUGCGCACCGGGGUAGUAAUAAUCGCAGCCGCCGGCAACUACAGGGAGGAUGCCUGUUUGUACUCGCCGGCUUCUGAACCUGAGGUCAUCACUGUGGGCGCCACAAAUUCGCAUGACCAGCCAGUCACCUUGGGAGCCCUGGGGACCAAUUUUGGCCGCUGCGUGGACCUCUUUGCUCCCGGGGAAGACAUCAUCGGUGCCUCCAGCGACUGCAGCACCUGCUUCACCUCUCAGAGCGGGACAUCUCAGGCCGCUGCCCAUGUUGCGGGCAUCACUGCCAUGCUCCUCAAUGCGGAGCCCAGCCUGACCAUCUCAGAACUGAGGCAGAGGCUGAUCCAUUUCUCUGUUAAGAAUGUGAUGAAUGAGGCCUGGUUUCCUGAAGACCAGAGAUUGCUGACCCCCAAUUUGGUGGCCGGGCUGCCAUCCAGCCUCGGAGCAGAGGAACAGUUGUACUGCCGGACAGUGUGGUCAGCCAACUCGGGCCCAACACGGACGGCUGUCGCUGUUGCUCGCUGCGGCGCCAACGAGGAGAUGCUGAGUUGUUCCAGUUUCUCCAAGAGUGGGAAGAGGAGAGGCGAGCGGAUGGAGGUCCGUGAGGGCAGGAGAGAAUGCCUGGCCUACAAUGCAUUUGGGGGACAGGGCGUCCACGCCAUCGCCAGGUGCUGCGUGCUGCCCAGAGCCCAGUGUCACAUCCAGGCAGCUCACCAUGGGGAGGACGGUGGAGAGGUCCGUGCCCGCUGUGAUGAGCAGAGUCAUGUAGUCACAGGCUGCAGCUCCCAUUCCCAAAGGGAGGAGUUCGGGGACCAGGUGAAGCCCAUCAUGAAAAGCCAGCAUGGUCACAGCCAGUGUGUGAGCCGGGGAGAGACCAGCCUUCACGCCUCCUGCUGCCACGCCCCAGACCUGGAAUGCAGGGUGAAGGAGCACGAACCCGAGGGCGAGGGCCCCGUGGAGAAGGUGACUGUAGCCUGUGAAGAAGGCUGGACGCUGACUGGGUGCAGUGCCUACUCCCCUGGCCCAACCACCCUGGGCGCCUAUCCCGUGGAUAACACCUGCUUGGUAUGGAGCCAGGCCAGUGGCCAAGGAGGCCACCCAGCAGCCGCCAUGGUCAUCUGCUGUAAGAACAGGCGGUUGCCGAGGGACCCGCAGGAUUCCCAGUGACAGCUUCCUGGCAGGAUUUGUGGCAGGGAGGGGAGGGAAGGAGGGUCUUUUGUGCUCUGUGUGUUGGGCCUUGGCCAUAGGGUGUCACGGGGACUCUUGGGGCAUCAGCCUUUCCCACUUCUGGAUUUCCUCUCCAUGCCUCGGUGCUGACCACUGCUCAGCAGCCCAGCUGGCCUUGGGCUGGGGCCUCCUGUGACUGUCGCCUUUCUGAGAAGACUCUCUUGCCUCCUCAAAGGAGGGGUGUCCAGCUCUGCCAGAGCUCCUAGAAUGAGCAGGCAGUCCUGCCUGAAGCCCUGGGUGCUGGUGAUUCAAGGUGAGCGGGGAAGCCCCCGGCGCCUGCCCAGUCUUCCCUCCUCCCUCUCUUUCCCUCAUUAGGGACUUGUUUCUUUGGACAUAAGAAACUGCGUUUGCAUACUGUCCUCCUUCUAGAAUGGAAAUCUCUCAGAUGGACCCACACAUGGAGCAGCUUCCAUGGACUGACUAGAGAUCUCUUCCUCCCAGAACCAGGACACAAGUCAAAAGGAGAAGUGCUAGGCCAUCAAGGGGGCAAACAAAGGGGAGAUAAUAGAAACCUCACUGAGGAAUCAGAGACUGUCAGAUCUGGGAGAGUGUCAGAGCUGGGAAGGAACCUAGAACAGGAAAUGUCAGAGCUGGGAGGGACCUUAGAACAUGGAAUGUCAGAGUUGGGUUGGGGGCUUAGAACGAGGAAUGUUGGAACAUAAUGUACCUGUGGGUGUCCUCUUUUAGCCUGUAAAACAAAGGGUUUGUUUGCUAUGUAAACCCAAAGGAGUUCCAUUCCAACCCUGAUAUUCCAUGAUUUGGACAUUGGGAGCAAGAGUUCCUGGAGCAGGGGACUGUGGGAGGGAAACAACAUGGCCCAGCAGCGAUUGCCACCUCGCUCCCCAACUUGGACUGGGCACCAGCCCUGUGGGCCCCAAUUUGACCAGCCAGACCAGGUUGCUUCUCUGAGAUCUGCAGGUACUUCUCACCCUAUCCCCAUCUCUGAAUCCUGCUUCAAGCUGACUGAAGUUGUGUUUACCCCAAGCCAGCCACCAGAACAAAUGAGCCCUUCCUUGCUUUUUCAUUCCCAGCUGAUGCCCAGGCAUCAGACUUGCAGGCCCUGCUCAACCAUCUGUGGAGAUGGAAGUGAAUCCAAGCACUUAUUAUUAUUAUUGUUGUUAACAUCGGCCGUCAUGCUUUUUUGGUCCUUAGGGGGCUCCAGUUUCAAAGGUUUCCCUCUUUUCCCCACCACACUCCCUCUGUGGAUAGCAGUGAAGAGUGAAAAGAGCACAGGCAAUGGGAACUGAGGAACUGGGUUCAAAUUUCACCUUUGCCCUUUGAUACCCCAGGGACUUUCAGCAAUUCUCUUCCUGUCCCUGGGGCACACCUGCUUCUGUUAAAAGAGGAUGUUGGGGGGCAGCUAGGUGGCACAGUGGAUAGAGCACCGGCCCCGGAGUCAGGAGUACCUGAGUUCAAAUCUGGCCUCAAACACAACACUGACUAGCUGUGUGACCCUGGGCAAGUCACUUAACCCCAACUGCCUCACCAAAAAGGAAAAAAAAAAGAGGAUGUUGGACUAGAUGUAGCUGACCCCUGAGGCUCCUCCCCCUUUAGAUGUAUGAUCUGAAAUAGUGGGGCUUAACACGGAUAGAUUUCAAGUUGUCCAUGGACUUGGAUGGGGAAAAAACUUGCAUCUUAUUUUGUUGUCAUUGUUGUUUUUUGUUUUUGUUUUUUAGUGAGGCAAUUGGGGUUAAGUGACUUGCCCAGGGUCACACAGCUAGUAAGUGUUAAGUGUUUGAGGCCAGAUUUGAACUCAGGUGCUCCUGAAUCCAGGGCUGGUGCUCUAUCCACUGCGCCACCUAGCUGCCCCGCAUCUUAUUUUUACUAACAUUUGGUUUCCAAUGUGAUCUUGUAUAUUUUAUUUUAUACAUUUAAAAACAUUAUUCUGGAAAGUCAGUCAAAAAGUAUUUAAGGGGGCAGCUAGAUGGCUCAGUGGAUAAAGCACUGGUCUUGGAUUCAGGAGGACCUGAGUUCAAAUCCAGCCUCAGACACUUGACACUAGCUGUGUGACCCUGGGCAAGUCACUUAACCCUCAUUGCCCUGCAAAAAAAAAAAAAAAAGCAUCUAAGUGCCUACUCUGUGCACAGAAUAGGCCAGGCAAAGGCAAGGAGCUCACAGCCCAGGGGAGAGACAAACCAGAUACAGAUUAGACUGGAGAUAGUCACAGAGAGAAGGCAUUAAGGGAGAGGGGAGGAGGCUUUUUGCAGAAAUGAGCCUUCAGGUGAGAUUUGAAGGUGCCAAGGAAGCCAGGAUGGGGAUAGGAGGCAGUCUCCAGUGGGAAAGCCAGUGACAGCUGAACUGAAAGUUCAGUAUCUCUUUGGAGAAACAAGGAGACAGGCCAUACUCCCUGGAUGCAGAUUGUGUAGAGGACAGGCAGGGAGGGGCUUUAUGUCUGACCCGGGAGGUGAGAGGGAGUUUAUGUAAAAGGGGGUGACAUAGUUGGCCCAAGCCUUCAGAUCACUUGGGCAGUUGAGUGGACUGGAUGAGGGGAGACAUGAGGCAGGCAGCGCCCCCAAGCAGCAGUGGGAGGUGAAGAGCAUCCGUGUCAGGGGGUGGAGGAAGGGCCCAGGGCAUAAAGAAAACUAAGUAGCCUUUCUCUGAGGGCAGGGAAGGGAGUGAACCCCCCCCCCCAGGUCUCUGCUGUGGGAGACCAGCCUUUCCUCUCUAGGGCACCUUGGGGGUUUCCAGAAGAGUUGGACACCAGGAUGGCUGAAUAACAAACAAAAGGAAGAUGGAACCCGGACAGAAUAGCCCUGCCCAUAGUUGAGGCUGCAUUUCACUGCUUCCCUUAAUUUUCUGAAACAUCACUCUUGUUUUUUGUUUGUUUUGAUGGGGCAAUGGGGGUUAAGUGACUUGCCCAGGGUCACACAGCUAGUAAGUGUCAAGUGUCUGAGGCCAGAUUUGAACUCAGGUACUCUUGAAUCCAAGGCCGGUGCUUUAUCCACUGUGCCACCUAGCCGCCCCUGAAACAUCACUCUUGAAGGCAGAAAUAAUGAGGGUGCAGGGACUGGAGUCUGGCCAUGGAUUCCCAUAGUGACAUGCCUGGUUGGCCCUUCUCUUUCUCGUGCCCCUCCAGAGCCACCUAGAACAGCUUCCUGGUUCUUGGGCAGUGUUAGCCCCAGGAAGGUGGACCCAGUCCACCCUAACUUAACUGACCCAUCCACAAGAGGCUUGUGCCUGAGCAUCCAACAGACAGUGACUCACCCUCUCAUCUUGCCUUCCCGGAGAACCUCGGAAUCCAACAGAAAGCAACCAAGUUUGUGAUUCCUCACUUGACUACAGCUGGUUCAGAAAGAUUUCUUUGAAAAUAACAUUUUGAUCUAAAAAUGACAGCUCUUCCUAAGCUUGCCACAGUUUUCAAACCCCAGUUACCCCAAUUCCUUCCUCACCUAGACUGGCUUUGUUCCACAGAGCAUCAGGGUAUCACCAUUUGCUACUGGCAAGUCAUGCAGGAGAUUACCAUCACUGACCCCCAAAAGGUGACCCUUGUCCCCAGCUCCCUCUCUCUGGUAUAUCUUUCUGGACACAGCCUUCCCUGGGGCUUUGCAAGGGGGUAUUUUGGUUUGUUUGUUGGUUUUUUUUUUUACAUAAGACUAACCUUUUCUAGACUUAGCAUUUGACUUUUGUACUUUGAAAGUAUUUAUUCUGGAUUUUGUAGUCUGUUUUAUUAUAGAGCCACUUAAAAAAAAUAAAA